AUGCAGCUCAAGCCAGACCAACAGCCGCCCGCCACAGCCAUCACAUCUCCACACCACCAACCCCUCCCCCUCCGCAUCAUCUCCCACAAUAUCCGCUACGCCGCGAACCCCUUCCAGCGCUUCCCCACCGAGCCACCCUGGAACCCCACCCGCCGGCAGCUCCUCGCGCGCCAGCUCCUGCAUUUAACGCGCCCGCGCUUCUCACCUGCACAUACGGUCAUCUUCUUGCAGGAAGUCCUGCACGAGCAGUUCCGCGACGUAUCAACUGCCCUGGGUCGCAGCUGGGAGGGACUAGGCGUGGGCCGCGAUGACGGCAAGCAGGCGGGUGAGUACGAGGGAGUGUGGUUCCGGAGGGAGGCGUGGAAGCUGGUGGGGUGGGGGACGCGGUGGUUGAAUGAGGAUGGGAGUGUGGGGAAGCGGGGGUGGGAUGCGGCAAGCGUGAGGGUGGCGACGGCGGUGGUGCUGGAUGCUCGAAAGGGGGAUGGGAGGGGGAUCGGGGAGGAGGAUGAAGAGGGAGAGGAGGGUCAUGGUGUGAGGCGUGGCAGGAGGGUUCUCUUCUUGAAUACGCACUUCGAUGACCAGGGCGUCGUGGCAAGGCGGGAGAGCGCGAAGCUGUUGUUGAGCAUUUUAGCCGAGUUGAAGCAGAGGUAUGAGCCAGAUUACUGGGUUGUAGGUGGGGAUCUUAAUUCGCCCCAGAGUGAUGAAGCGUACGAGAUUCUUGCUAGUAAAGAGAGCGGAUUGGUCGAUGCAAGGAUGGUGGUGAGUAACGACAUGGUAUGGGGAGAGGAAAACACGUACACCGGCUUUGAUGGCGAGGGCGAUGUGGAUGAGGGUCCCACAAGGAUUGAUUUCCUCUUUGUGCCAAAUUCGUCUGAUGGCAGCAGAAAAGGCGGCGUGCAAGGGUACGCGGUGACGCCGAACACAUUUGAAGAUGGGAGCGACGGGAGGGUGAGUGAUCACCGUGCUGUCGUUGUCGAUACUGUCGUCGAAUAG